GGCCGCGCGGGCUUCCGUAGAGACGCACCAAACAUGGCUGCUUCCAUGUGCUAACGUGAGAGUGGACUGGAAUAACAGCAUACACUGCAACACUGAGGAAACAGUCACCGCACGACCACCUGCAUCGCUUUUAGAAUAAAACUUCUAUCAUAUAAGGAAAGCAGUGUCUGCCUAGAGGGGGUGCCACAGAGACGGUGUACCUUUAUGCUGGUGCAUACUGCUCGGCUGCUCCCCCUCAUCAUCUCCCAUCGUCUGCAUCCUCCCUGCGCCCAUUCUGCCAGACAGACGUUUUGGAGGAGCAGUGUUGCUGCUGCCAGCAGGGGACUGAAAUUCAUGGAACCCCAGAAAACUGCUCAGGACUCCGAUGUUCCCAACGCCAAACCUCCACCCGCUCCUGCUGAAUCUUCAGCAGAAAGUAUGAGCCUGGCAACCACCGACACAGCAGCUGACGCAGAGAAGACGAUUCCUGCAGGACUGUUACCUGGGGAGACGGUGGUCAAGGAGGGCAAGGCGGCCAUCUUGUUUCCCAGUGCUAAUGAGGUGUUUUACAAUCCGGUCCAGGAGUUUAACAGAGAUCUGACAUGUGCUGUUAUCACAGAGUUUGCCAGAGAUCUGCUGGCUCAGCGCGGGAUGAAAGUGGUGGUGCCUGGAGAGAAAGAAAGGGUGGUGAUCUCUCUCUCAGAGGAGAUGAACGAGGCCGACGUACAGACAGAGGAGAAAAACGGAGCAGAUGAGCCAGCUGUAACUGUAACAGUGGGGGAGAAAUGUGAGCGGGGCCUUCGCGUGCUGGAGGGUCUGGCGGCGUCCGGUUUGCGCUCGGUGCGUUUCGCUCUGGAAGUCCCGGGCCUGCAGAGCGUCACCGCCAACGACUUCUCCACCAAGGCUGCGGCGCUGAUUGCUAGGAAUGCCCAGUACAACGGAGUCAGCCACCUGCUCCAGGCCAGCUGCAGGGAUGCCAGUAUGCUUAUGUAUGAGAUGAGAGGGAAGAAGGAGCGUUAUGAUGUAAUCGACCUGGAUCCCUAUGGUAGCCCUGCUUCCUUCUUGGAUGCUGCUGUGCAGGCCGUCAGUGAAGGAGGUUUGUUGUGUAUAACAUGCACAGACAUGGCGGUGAUGGCAGGAAACAGUGGAGAGACCUGCUAUAGCAAAUAUGGUUCAGUCUCGAUAAAAGCCAGAUACUGUCAUGAGAUGGCUCUUCGCAUCAUCCUCCACAGUUUAGACCAGAGGGCAGGGGUGCACCAGCGAUACAUCCAGCCCCUGCUGUCCGUCAGUGUCGACUUUUACAUUAGGGUCUUUGUACGUGUCUUCACAGGACAGGCCACAGUCAAAAACUCGGCCAGUAAACAGGCUCUGGUCUACAACUGUGUCGGCUGCGGGUCUUUUCACUUACAGAGAAUGGGCAGGAGAACAAGCAAUGGAAAACAUAUGAAGUAUUCUCCAGCCACCGGACCCCCAGUUGGACCAGAGUGUGAGCACUGUGGACAGAGACAUCAGCUGGGUGGUCCUAUGUGGGCAGAGCCCAUCCAUGACUUGGCAUUUGUCCAGAAGGUUUUGUCUGCUGUGUCAGGGAACCCGUCCAGAUUUGGGACAUCCAAACGAAUUGAGGGCAUGCUCAGCAUGGUGACUGAGGAGUUGGAAGAUGUGCCUCUUUAUUACACUGUGGACAGUCUGAGCAGCACAAUACACUGCAAUACUCCACCCCUGCUCCAGUUUAGGUCUGCUCUCCUACAUGCUGGUCACAGGGUUUCCCUCUCUCACGCCUGUAAGAAUGCCAUCAAGACGGACGCUCCUCCUGCAGCCCUCUGGGACAUCAUGAGAUGCUGGGAGAAGGCCAAUCCUGUGAAGAGGGAGAAGCUGUCAGAGACUAGCCCCGCUUUCAAGAUCCUCUCCACUGAGCCCAGUCAAGAAGCCUGUUUCACUGUGAGGGAGGAUGCCAACCCUCAGUCCCGUAAACGGCACCUGACCCGGUUCCAGGAGAAUCCUCAGGCCUUCUGGGGACCGAAAGCUCGCGCCAAAUCCGGCGGUGGUAUCUCCACUGACCUGCAGGACAAGAGCAAGAAGUGCCAGAACAAGAGAAAGAACCAGAGCACAGACUCUUCUCAGCUAAAAGACUUCCCCUGCAAGAAGUUCAGACAGGGAACGUGCAACCAUGGAGACAAAUGCUGCUAUUCCCACAACCUGGAGCGGACACAUGAAGAGAAAAUGGAAUGAUUCUGUCUUCUCAUAGUUCAUUUUAUUUUAUAUAUAUAUAUUACACACUUUGAAUGGUCCAGUGCAUACAGUGAGAAUGAUGUACUGCAGUCUGUAUUUGGAUGGGGACAAAAACCUAAAAACUGUUAAUAUGCACUCAGUUUUAUGCCAGAGCUUUUUUGUUUUUAGGUUGUUUUUUUUAGUGUUUUUGACUGUUGCUUCAGUCCAAUAAAGUCCUCACGCUGACUUGA